AUCUUCACCAUGACGACCCCUACCCAUAUGAAGGCGACCAUUUUAUCCAAGAUCGGCGGACCUGAGGGUUUCGAAUUCUCAGAUGAUGUGCCAGUUCCCGAACUGAAGGAUGGCUUCGUCAUUGUGAGAAACACGUUUGCCAGCAUAAAGUUUGCCGACGUGUAUUUUCGAACCGGUAUCUACCCCAGCUCCCAAGGGUCGAAUGUGAUCCUAGGCCAAGAGGCUUCUGGGUUUGUGGAGGCAGCGCCAGAGGGCAACCCAUUCGGUAUCCAAAAGGGCGACCGUGUGGUAUGGAUCUUUCAAGGUGGUUAUGCACAGUACACGGCAGUUCCGAUCACCCAAGUUAUCAAGGUUCCAUCAGGCAUCGCGGAUGAGGACGCAGCGGGUGUGUUUUUGGCUGGUAUGACAGCGUUGGCGCUGAUCAACGAGGGUUUUAAGGUCAAAGCUGGUGACAGUGUCCUUGUUCAUGCAGCCGCAGGAGGGGUGGGUCUGUUGCUUUGCCAGGCUCUUCGUGAACGGGGCGCGGUGGUAAUUGGAACUGCCGGAGGACGGGAGAAAUGUGACCUGGCACUGAAAUAUGGCGCAAGUCAUAUGAUUGACUAUCGGAUGGAGGUGGACUGGGCCCAGAAGGUGCGAGAGUUGACAAACGGGGAAGGUGUUGAUGUGGUGUACGAUGGCGUUGGUAAGGAUACCUGGGAGGGCAGCCUUGCUGCAGUCAAGACAUUUGGCAAAGUUGUUUUCAUUGGUAGUGCUAGUGGUCCAGUACCGCCAUUUUCCCUUGACAGAUUGACUACAAAGAACAUCUCUGUCAUGCGACCCACCUUGCGAAACUAUAUAGCUACAAGGGAAAGACUCGAGCGAUAUGGAAAUGAGGCCCUUGAUAUGGUGAGGACUGGAAAGUGGAACGUCCAAAAGCAUGGCCACUACUAUUCUUUGGAGGAAGUAGAACAGGCCCAUAAAGACUUGGAAACCCGAGUUACCACGGGGAAAGUCUUGAUUAGACUCUAG